AUGAAAUGUAAUUAUAAUGUGUUAGUUAUGCCGCCUGUUUACUCAAAAGUUAUUGAUGAUACAUUAUUUGAAACAACACAAAAUGUUUUAACUUAUGCUAAUGAAACCAAGAAACGUAAUUUUGUCGAAACAGUCGAAUUACAAAUUGUUUUAAAAAACUUUGAUCCAUCACGUGAUAAACGUUUUAGUGGUACUGUUCGUCUUCGUUAUGUUCCAAAACCAAAAUUUACUGUAUGUGUUUUGGGUGAUGAACGUCAUUGUGAUGAAGCUCGUGCUAAUAAUAUUCCAGCAAUGACUGUUGAUGAUUUAAAAAAAUUAAAUAAGGAUAAAAAACUCGUACGAAAAUUGUCUCAUCAAUAUGAUGCAUUUCUUGCAUCCGAUGUCGUUAUUCGACAAAUUCCUCGUAUUCUUGGACCUGGUUUAAAUAAAGCGGGUAAAUUUCCAACAGCUAUUACACAUGGUGAUUCAUUAGUACAAAAAGUUGAAGAAAUAAAAUCAACAAUUAAAUUUCAAGCUAAGAAAACAAUUUGUUUAGCUGUUGCCGUUGGUAAUGUAACCAUGACUGUCGAUGAAUUAGCUGCUAAUAUUAAUUUAUCGGUUAACUUUCUUGUUUCAUUACUUAAAAAAAAUUGGCAAAAUGUACGCGCACUCUAUGUUAAAUCAUCUAUGGGUAAACCACAACGCCUUUAUUAA